GAAACUGAAAGUAAAUGUGUUGUGCUGGGCCGGGAACAUCUGAGAAAGAAAAGCCUCUUUGUCCACAAUCCUGUUGGGAGCUGAAUGCACUGUGUUUAGUCGAUAUUAACUUUUACAUAAAGCUCUUUAUAGGGCACAGGCAGACAUUUGCACCCUGGAGUUGCCAGCGUCUCAGAACAAGUUCCUUAAACCUUUUUUGAAACAGGAAAUAGGAAAGUUAGAGCAAGUGUUUGUGCUGAAAGAGGAAAGACUGUGGAGAAUAGACAGAAAGUAUCCUUAAUUUGCUGUUCAUUUCUGUGCCCUGGCUGUACGUCAUAAAGAAAACAAAAUAACAAUCUGACUAUGGAAUCAAACCACUGAAGAUAUGAAACCGGAGAAAAUAAAUAAAAGAUGCUUCAUGCAGUAUUCUGAAUGGAAAACAAAGACGCUUGUAAAGGUUGUGGGAGGUUUUAUGCAAAGAAAGGACAAAACACAAGCUGGUUUUUGUCAUGGGACAAGGUUAUAGUGACAAAAGAAGAGGAAUGUCUCACUUCUUCAAAUGGUUAAUCCGGAAAGAUAGACAUAAAUCUUCAUCGCAGUCGCCCAAUUCUCCAAAGUCUAACUCAAGCAGUGAAGGUAGCAAAAACAACCUGCCACCGAAAACACCUGAAAGGCCAACCAACAGAUUAUCAAAUGCGGAGCCGGAACUUGUAUGGCCAGAGAAAAGUAUCCGGUGGAAAAAACAAUAUGAUGUUUAUAUCUGCCAUAGUACAGAGGAUUCUGAAUAUGCUCUGCAGAUGCUUUCAUAUCUGGAGUCUCAGUCAGAGAAGUUUCGUUGCUUUCUGCCCAUGCGGAACAUGGAAUACGGAAGCCCCAUGAGCAGUGAGAUGUGUAGGGGUUUGGAGAACAGUCAUUGCUGGAUAAUGUUGAUAACGCAACAUUUUCUUGAUGAAUCUUGGUGUAACUAUCAGAUGCAUCAAGCCCUUGCAGAGUCACCAGUCUCAGAUGGACGUUUUUUCCCUGUUAUGAGAAACCUAAGUCGAGACAAAUACCCCCCAGAACUGAAGUUCAUGUAUUAUAUUGAUGGCACAAGUAAUAAUAAUGACGUUUUUAGCAAACUCAAGCGAUUCAUUAUAUCUUAUCUAAAAAAAAUGCAGCACGUGAUGACUGACGAUCAACAGAGUGGAAUCAGCGAGAAGUGGGAGAGGAACAGCAGCAGUGUGCAGGACAUGAACAGUCAGAUACACCCACCAUCUAGCAUUACAUCCGAGAGAAGCUGUGAGACACAGGAGGUCAGCAACACAUCUGAGAGAAUCUGUGAGGCACAGGAGGUCAGCAACACAUCUGAGAGAAGCUGUGAGACACAGGAGGUGAGCAACACAUCUGAGAGAAGCUGUGAGACACAGGAGGUCAGCAACACAUCUGAGAGAAGCUGUGAGACACAGGAGGUCAGCAACACAUCUGAGAGAAGCUGUGAGGCACAGGAGGUCAGCAACACAUCUGAGAGAAUCUGUGAGGCACAGGAGGUCAGCAACACAUCUGAGAGAAGCUGUGAGACACAGGAGGUCAGCAACACAUCUGAGAGAAGCUGUGAGACACAGGAGGUCAGCAACACAUCUGAGAGAAGCUGUGAGACACAGGAGGUCAGCAACACAUCUGAGAGAAGCUGUGAGACACAGGAGGUCAGCAACACAUCUGAGAGAAGCUGUGAGACACAGGAGGUCAGCGACACAUCUGAGAGAAGCUGUGAGACACAGGAGGUCAGCAACACAUCUGAUAGAAGCUGUGAGACACAGGAGGUCAGCAACACAUCUGAGAGAAGCUGUGAGACACAGGAGGUCAGCAACACAUCUGAGAGAAGCUGUGAGGCACAGGAGGUCAGCAACACAUCUGAGAGAAGCUGCGAGACACAGGAGGUCAGCAACACAUCUGAGAGAAGCUGUGAGACACAGGAGGUCAGCAACACAUCUGAGAGAAGCUACAAGAGACAAGGAGCCAGAAACAAAUCCAAUAGAAGCUGUGAGACACAGAGUGCAGACAUCUCAUCAGUAAGAGACUACAACAUGCAGUGGUGUAACAAUGCUACCAACACAAGUUGUGAGCAUUCCACAGUAAAACUGCAGAAACAAAAUGGUGAGAGUCAGGGGUUCACUAUUCAUUUUCAGAAGGGAAAUGCUAGCCUCCCGGAAUUAAGCAUCAACAGUGACGUUUAACUAUAUCUGUCUUGUUGUGACACUUCAGAGACUUAUAAAGCUCACACAUAGGACCUACAACGAAAAGGCACACAUACAGAUGAGUUACAUACAACGGCCUUCAUCUCAGAGGAUGCAGACCAAGAGAGCACGUCCACAGCAGCUGCACACAAGGGUCACAAACUACACACAAUCAAUGGAUCUAAACUGAAUAGGAUUUAAAUAAUAUUUUUUACAAUACUCAGCUGUUACUCUGAUCCUCCAAAAAAGCAUUUAAAUAUUUUGCAUAAAUAAACUGGACAUUGACUUUCUACAAAUUUGCUAAGUUAUUAGGAAGAAAAUAUGACACGUUAUAUUGACGAUAUCUAGCUCACACAUAUUAUACUGGUGCAAUAGAAGUCAUUACUCUAAUUGCAUUUGGAUUUAUGCAUAUAUUAGAUGUUCUUAACUUAUACAAGGAUUAAGGUUUUCAAAAUAUCUAAAUUAUGAAAAUAGAACUAAGGGGUGUUUUUAAUUAUAUUUAUAGUUGAAGAAACUUUAAAGUAAAAUAUUAUAUCAUGCAUAUAAAAAAUGAACAACCCGCAAUUAAAUAUAUUAAAUAUUUUUACAUGAAAAAG